GGAAGAGGUAAAAGAAUUACAAUUCCCGGAGUACCUACCAUAAAUCUGAGGGGUAGGAUUCCCAAAGGCGCAGGCAGGCCACGCCCCUCUCCCCUCAGCCAAUCAGCCGCCUCCCCUUCCCCCUUCCUCUGGCCGAGGCUUUGCCAACUCCCUUGCCGCUGCGAGGCUGCGGGGUUUGAGGUGGGAUCCCCAGGACUUUCCCCUGUCCCCGGCGGAGCAGCUGAGGGCUAGGAGGCUCAUCCUAGGGCCAGAAAGCGUCCUGGGAUUCGUCCUGCGUUUAAGGACCACGUCUACUUUCAAACCAUUUUUUUUUCACAUGGGGAAACCCGGGGUCCGGGGAAGGGGGGAGCUCCUGACCAAGGUCUCCCCUAGCAGAAAGCAGAACCCGGAGCCAGUCCUCUCCGCGGAGGGGGGCGUCCGGGUGCACGCUGGGUGGGCGGGGUGGGGGGGAGGGAUGCCGUCCACGAGAUCUGGACCAAAGCCACCGCAGUAAAUCUGACGGUCUUUUGGGGGUGUAUGCGGCUGCAUAGGGAGGCCUGCCUUUUGUGGGGCGACAGAAGAUGGCCUCUGGGCUGACGCGCAGCUGCUGGAACAGCCUGCCUUUAGACGCCCCGCGCCUCCCCAGGUCUCACCGAAGCUUCCCGCGUGCCCCCCGCCCCCGACUCCGAGGUCCUUUAGAAGCCGGGCCUCCCGUUCGAGCCUCUCGGCGCUCUAUUGGAAAAACUCGGGGCUGGUGAUAACUUCUCUGGAAUGAAUUGCUCAGACUGACGCUGAGCUGUGCCAGAGAGAAUUGCGCAGGCGCAAGGGCAGCCAACCAGAAGGGCGGAAGAGUCCAUCCCGACAGCUUGGGCGGAGAGUGCUUUCAGCCAAUGACUUGAAGGAGUGGGGAGGGCGGGUUUACCCGCAGAGGCUGGGCGCCUUCCGAGUGGGAGGUGGCUGAAGAGAUGGGCUGAAGGUGGUUCAAAGGUUCCUCGAGUCGCCACCCUCCUUCGGGCCCGCGGAAGUGAAGCAAUCUGGGGGCGGGCCUAGGACCGGAAGCAGGAAGGAGGGCGCAGGAAGCAGGGCCCCACCGCCAGUCAUAUUCUGGAUCCGUGAGUCUGUCGGUGCCCAGUGCAGGAUGGAGAAGUUGCGUCUCUUAGGCCUUCGGUACCAGGAGUACGUGACCCGUCACCCGGCCGCCACGGCCCAACUGGAGACGGCAGUGCGGGGCCUCAGUUACCUGCUGGCAGGUCGUUUCUCAGAUUCGCACGAGCUGUCAGAGCUGGUGUACUCUGCCUCUAACCUGCUUGUCCUGCUCAACGAUGGGAUCUUACGGAAGGAGCUUCGGAAAAAGUUGCCUGUGUCGCUGUCCCAGCAGAAGCUGCUGACAUGGCUGAGUGUACUGGAGUGCGUGGAAGUGUUCAUGGAGAUGGGGGCCGCCAAGGUGUGGGGCGAAGUGGGCCGUUGGCUGGUCAUUGCCCUCAUCCAGUUGGCCAAGGCUGUCCUUCGGAUGUUCCUGCUGAUCUGGUUCAAGGCUGGCCUCCAGACCUCACCCCCCAUUGUUCCACUGGACAGGGAGACCCAGGCACAGCCCCCGGAUGAUGACCACAGCCCAGGCAGCCAGGAGCAGUCCUAUGUGGGGAAGCGAUCACAGCGAGUGGUGCGAACCCUCCAGAACACUCCGUCUCUGCACUCAAGGCACUGGGGAGCCCCCCAGCAGCGGGAAGGACGGCAGCAGAAGCAGCAGCAGGAGCUGAAUGUCCCCCCAACACCCUUGGGGCUCCAGGAGACCAUUGCAGAGUCCUUGUAUAUCACCCGGCCCCUGCUGCACCUGCUCAGCCUGGGCCUGUGGGGACAGCGGUCAUGGACACCCUGGCUGCUAUCUGGUGUGGUAGAUGUGACUAGCCUGAGCCUCCUGAGUGACAGAAAGGGCCUGACCCGGAGGGAGCGGCUGGAGCUGCGGCGCAGGACCAUGGCGCUGCUCUACUACCUGCUGCGCUCCCCAUUCUACGACCGCUUCUCUGAGGCCAAGAUCCUCUUCCUGCUCCAGCUGCUGGCAGACCAUGUCCCCGGAGUUGGCCUCGUGGCAAGACCACUCAUGGAUUACUUACCCAACUGGCAGAAGAUUUAUUUCUACAGUUGGGGCUGACAGAUAUCCAGGGAGUGGGAUUCUGGGGGGACAGGAUGGCAUGUUUGACUGCUCCUGGCAGGGCUUGCUUCAGCCCUGCAGUCCCCUGGGCCCCUCUUCCUUAAUAAAACUGACUCUGGCAGAGCCCAAG